CUCAGAAAAUAGUGUGGCUUAAACAUUCAUAGACAGUCUCAACCAGCACAUGCAGGGAAGUUUCUUCCAUAAAAGCACAUACCAAGACGAAAGCAUACUGCUGAUAUGUUAGCAUUAAGAGUUUAUGACAGAAAUGAGAUGUUGGAACUGACAGAAAUGCUCGAAGACACUAUUGGUUUCAACAUUGAUGGAACAAUAUCUCAUUCCAUUGAGCUCCUACAACAGUUAGAUGAAUUGAUUUUGAAUGAUCUACCUAAGUUAACUCAAAUCAUCAAUGAAGAAAUUGUCAAGUUCUAUCAAAACCUGAAAAUCCUACAAGUGAAGAAUUGUGAGUCUCUUAAAUGGUUGCCCACAUCUCAGGUGCUAAAAAAUAUGGAAAUUAUAGAUUGUAGGGCCUUGGAUAAAAUUAUGAUCAUCCAUGAAGAAGAAGGAAUGAGAGGGAAAACUACCUUUUCUCAGUUAAGGGAUGUUUCCCUUGUAAAUCUAUUAAAUAUCUCCAUUGUCUUUCCUAUUGCAGCUGAGUUUCCAUCCUUGGAAACACUAAAAAUAGAAAAUUGUCCUAGAUGGAAGACUUUUGUUGAAGAGUCUAAAGAGGAGAAAGACCAAUCAGAGUUAGCUAAUUCAAACUAUUUCUUUCCAAAUUCGUUGUCAUUAGACAAAUUGAAGGUACUUAAUGUAAUAAAUCAACCGGUUGAGAAGCUUUGGCACUAUAAUUGUCCUUCUAAAUCAUUUUGUGAGUUAGAAAAUCUUAUUUUGAGAAACAAUAAAAGGCUAUUGAGUGUCUUCUCCCCUACCAUGAUAAAAAGAUUCAACAAGCUAAAAAAAUUGACUUUAGAAAAAUUUGAAUUAUUGGCUGAGAUAUUUAUCCUUGAAGGUGACAAACCAAAUCAUGAUAGCCAAAAAAUUCUUCCUCAACUAAGGGCAUUAACAUUGAGUAACCUAAGUAUUUUGACGUGAUUUUGGAACAAGGAACCUCAAGUUUCAUUUUUCCCUAAUAAUUUGGUUUCACUUUUCAUUGUUCAUUGCCACAGCCUCAAAAGCUUAUUCUCACUUUCUCAAGCCAAAAAUCUUGAAAAACUCAAAAUAUUCAAAUUGUGUAAUUGUGAGAAAGUAGAAGAGAUAAUAUCUAGUGAUAAAGAUGAAAAGGUGGCUACCAUUUUCCCUAAGAUGAAAUGUCUUGUGCUCAAAGAUCUUCCAAAUUUUGUCAACUUUUGUCAAGAAGGGGGAUGUUAUAAUUGGCCUAACUUACAAAUAGUGAGGGUGAACAAUAUUCCAAGUAUGGAAAUAUUUUUGAAAGAUGAUCUUAAUACACCAUUGUUAAGAUCAGUGUAUAUAACAUUUGCUGAGAAGAUUUGGCUUGGAAAUUUGAACAAGACCAUAUCAUAUAUGCACAACAAUCCAGGUGCACAAAUUUUAAUGUUAUAUGCAAAAAUUUAAA